AUGAGCGUUGCCGUAAGUCAUCCUUCUAUGUUGCUAGCAGAAAACUCAGUUGCGGAAUGCUUAAGCGCUUCCGAUGGCCAGCGUCAGAAUAAGGGCCUCCCUCUUAAUGGCGCCGCAGAUUUCCAGUACUUGGGGGAGAGGCAGCUCAAGCCGCCCCAUGACCUUUCCACGGGUCAUCAGGUUGAGCACCGAAAAGCGCCAAGUUUGGCAAACAUCCUCACAGUUGCAUCUCCAGCCGACAAUGGUCGGGUGCACUUAGCUAGAUCUCCCAGCCCCGACAGAGAUCGCACUGUUUCUCGCCAAAGUUCUUGCUCUCAGGAAGCUCAGUUGAGCAGUGGCCAUAGCAAUGCGAAUGUAGUGAACCUAGCGGAAAAGAGUCGUGCGGAGCAUGCGAUGGACUUCAGAGUGCCCAAAUACCAGGCUGCUGGAAGUCAGUACCCCAGGUUACCAGUCAGUAGCAGAAAGCAUUCUUUGGACUCUCUCAUGACUGCCGUUCAGGCUGUCGAAACAGCAGCGGCUGAUAAAUAUGAAUCCCCGAUAGAUAGUAAAGAUCACGAAUAUCAGGCUAAACUUGGAAACAUUAUUCAGCUUAAAAAUGAAAUGUCCAACAAUCUCAACCAUUGGCCGCUAACAAAACAAGGGACCCCAGUUAGUGCAUGCCAAAAUUGCCUUUUGGAUUCUUUACCGCUAACGGCAAUGGAGGGGCUACUUCAAAGAUCGGAACGACUAGCCGAAGAAGCUAGGGAGCUCCUACAGUUGAAGCAAGAAAGAGAGAAAGAGAUACGCAUUUUCAGGCCAGUAACUAAUGGCCCUGCAAAUUAUACCUAUCUUCCACGAAGAAUGCCCCUUCUACCUCCCCCACAUGAAAUGCUAACGCAACAAGAUGAAUACCAAAAGACAACUGAUUUGAGUUAUAACCGCGUUUCGACUUCCGUGUCGGGACCUGGUCACGUCCAAUAUAGGCGUACAAGUUAUAACUCAUAUCUGAUGCCGAGAAGCGGACCUGGUGGGUUUCCCACUUCGGCAGGCGGCGAAUCUUAUUAUGGCCGCACAGUUAGGACGAUGCCCUCGAUCCCAAAAGAACGCCGGCCCCAAAAUUCGCAUGAUAAAGGCCUAGUGCAUAGUUCCUUCAAAAUUCAAAAACCCGAUAAGCCCAACAUGCCAAAUAUUCCAGUUAACAAAGGCUCUACCCCAGGAAUGCUCCCCGGUGAUAAGACAAAAAAUUCAUUUGGAACGAUGGAGUGCGUACAUUGCGCGAGAAAAGACACGCCUGAAUGGCGCAGAGGUCCUUAUGGAAAUAGAACUGUGUGCAAUGCUUGUGGUUUAUUCUACGGCAAGCUGGUUAGGCGGUUUGGACUUCAAAAGGCUAACUUGACGAUGCAUUAUCGUAGAAACUCUUUACCAGAGGACAGGAGAGUUCCAUCCCAGUUCUCUGUUCCUGCGUCAUUUAUUAAGAAAUUGCAGUACGAUAGUUCCCUGAACCAAGAUUUCAGCGCACUGUAG